GCUGUGGCGGCCAUUGAUUUCCUCUCUCUCUCACACACACUGAGAGUGAGACACAACUCUUACCCUCGAACAAAAUCUGCUGUGAACGCUGUGAGGAUUUAGAGAGAGGAUAACCGGAAAAUGUCUGUGGGGCGGACGAUUUUCCUGCAGUGCCCAUCGAUUCCGCAUUUCCCUAAUUCUUCAUCCUCUUCUCCCAAGCCCGUCGCAGUGAAAUUCACCGUCUCAUGCUGCUCGCUCGCGUCGCCGGCGGCCGUGGUUAAUGGGAACCUCGAGAAGAGGUCUCACGACAGAAAUGAAGUCCGCCUCGGCCUGCCGAGUAAAGGCCGAAUGGCUACCGACACUCUCGACCUUCUCAAGGAUUGUCAAUUGUCGGUGAGGCAGGUUAAUCCGCGGCAGUAUGUGGCAGAAAUUCCUCAGAUUUCAAAUUUGGAAGUUUGGUUUCAACGCCCUAAAGAUGUUGUGAGGAAAUUGGUAUCUGGAGAUUUGGACCUUGGAAUUGUAGGCUUGGACACUGUCUUGGAAUUUGGACAGGGAAAUGAAGAUCUCAUUCUUGUCCAUGACUCUCUAGACUACGGAGAUUGCCGUUUAUCUCUAGCAAUUCCCAAGUACGGCAUAUUUGAGAAUAUAAAUUCGUUGAAAGAGUUAGCUGAGAUGCCACAGUGGACACCUGAAAGACCUCUAAGAAUUGCCACUGGCUUCACAUAUUUGGGUCCUAAGUUCAUGAAAGAUAAUGGUCUCAGUCAUGUAACAUUCUCAACUGCUGAUGGUGCUUUGGAAGCAGCUCCUGCAAUGGGGAUAGCUGAUGCCAUUGUGGACCUUGUGAGUAGUGGAACCACAUUGAGAGAAAAUAAUCUGAAAGAAAUUCAAGGUGGAGUCAUCGUGGAAAGUCAGGCUGUACUUGUGGCCAGCAGAAAGUCAUUGAUUCAGCGAAAAGGUGUGCUAGAUAUAACUCACGAAAUGCUGGAAAGACUGGAAGCACAUUUAAAAGCUGUUGGUCAGUUCACGGUAACCGCCAACAUGCGUGGAAGCAGUGCAGAGGAAGUGGCUGAGCGAGUUUUAAGCCAACCAUCGUUAUCUGGGUUGGAGGGACCUACUAUUAGCCCAGUUUUCUGCAAACGUGAUGGGAAGGUAGCUGCUGAUUAUUAUGCUAUAGUUAUUUGCGUGCCAAAGAAAGCUCUGUACAAAUCUGUUCAGCAGCUGAGGAUGAUUGGAGGUAGUGGAGUUCUUAUUUCACCUUUGACCUACAUCUUCGAUGAGGAAACCCCAAGAUGGCGUCACCUUCUUUCAGUCUUGGGGCUCUAAUAUGACCUGUCUACAUAGCUUGGUGAAGUUGAAGCCCAGCCUUCGAAAUAAUUGUUUCCUACGGAUUCUGUUAUUUAAUUUUAUUUGUAGAAUUAGUUAAAUCAUCUCUUGUUGUAUCAAAACUGUUGCUUGAUAACUGUAUUAUCCCGCAUUGGAAGACUUCAGGUGCCGUGUUGCUUCAUGUAAUUUGACCUCGGUGCAAAACCUUCUGAAACACAUUUUCAUCAUCACUUUCAUUUUUCUGUUUAUUCA